AUGGCGGCGCGAGACAACACCGAUUACUGCCGCGGAGGCGCCUCGCGCGGGGGCGGGGGCGCGGCGGCGGCGGCAACCGCGAGUUCAGACAGGCCAGCAGGGGCGCAGAAGACGCCCGCGAAAUCAGAGCGCAUGGUAGAGCGCGUGCCAUCGCAGCACCAAUCCGCGCACAACGUCAAAGCUGAGACGGCGGCAGAUGCCCAGCGCAGCGACGCAGACACGGUGAUCCCAGUGCUGCCAGGCCUACGGAACCCUCGGUGGUAUUGCUUCAUGAGCGCGUCUGUGCAGGCGCUCUUCGCUCUUCCCGGCGUUCGCGUCGCGUUGCGCGCUGCACGGCAGGGCCGCGCAGGAGAGUGGGCUGGGUGGCGUUUUGCGGAUCGCGGCAGUGAGCAGCAGCGGAGUAGGAGGGAGCCGAAUUUCGACGCCCUGCUGGCGGAGACGCUGCGCGAGAUGGAGUCAAGUCCCGGGCCGCUGCCGGCGCAAUUACAGGCACUGCCGCGUGUGUUUUAUAGCGGGACACAGGAAGACGCAGGGGAGAUGCUGCAGGAGCUCGUGGACGCGGGCCGGGCGCCCAUCGUGAGCGCGCAGUUCCAGAUGGAAAAGGUUGAACGAUUGGUGUGCGCGAAGGUGGGCUGCAACGGUUCCCCUGCGGUAGAAGGGCACAGAAAGUUCACCUGCUUGACUGUGCCCAUUUCUAACGGCAUGCGCGGCGCGGUGAGAACGAUGCAAGAGGCAAUCGACAGCAGCUGUAGGGGGGAGGUGAUGGAGGCAGCGUGCAGGUGGGCAUGCCCGCGCGGGUGCGACUGUCGAAGGGCGAAGAAGGAGUGGCGUUUGACGCGGGCGCCGCAGUGCCUUUGGGUCCAGCUGAUUGCGCAGGACUUCGAUCUCGCGUCGCAGAGGGUGUGGAAGAUCCCGCAUGCGGUGGUGCCCAGUGAAGAGUUAGUAAUCAGCGGACGGAAAUACGAGCUGGUGAGCUGCGUGUUUCAUCACGGCGAAGGAUUCCACACGGGCCACUAUAAUGCCUGCGUCCGAACGACCGGUUGUGACGGGCCUGUCUGGGAAAUGCGGGAUGACGGUGACGCGAGGCGAAGCGCGCCGCCGUCCGACGAAAGCGAGUGGCGCGUUGCCGCGGACUCGUCGGUACACAUACUGUUGUGCGCGCGCGUGCCGGCGACGCCGGGUCCGGCGGGAUCGCGGGUGGCGGGGCCGAAGGGCGGUGGCAGCGCGAGCAGUUCUUCAGCGGGCGAUGCUUCGCGGGGCGCGGCCAGCGGUGACGCGGCAGCGCUGUGGUCGACCGAGGGCGCGCGGACAAGCCGUCACUCGUCGCGCGACGACGCGGGAGACCGAGAUGGGGUGAGCCAGCGCGAUGGGUCGGUGAUGCAGGGCGUCGGCGCCAAGAGAGGUGGCGCCCCGGCCGUCCACAUUCUCCCGCGUGAUCUGCUCGCGGCAGUGCGGGUCAUCCGGGAGGCCGACUGUCGCGCGUUACGUCUUCUCCGGAAUCCGCGCGUGGCGCCGGAGGCGUGGGACGUGCCUGGGCUGGAGUUUGUGCCGGGAGAGCUCCGCGCGCGUCUCUGGAGAGAGUGGGGUGGGGCGGAGUCCCUCGGGCGAGUCAUGCAGGAGACUUGGGUACGAGCAUGGCCUGGCUGGGAGCGCGCGUGGGACGCGCUGGCGGGCGCCUCCGACGCAGAGGACAGGUGCCGUGUCGUGGAAGAGUACACUGUGAAGUUCAUGGAGUUCCUGAUGGGGCAUUGGUGCAUGAGCGCGGAGGUGCACGCCACUGAGUGGGUGGCGGGUGAGAGCGCCACGGGGAAGAGCAGAGCUCGGGUGGUGGACAACGAGGCCGAAGGGAGAGCGGGCGCAGCGCACGUGCACCGCGUCCGCGCAGUCGGCAACGGGCACGUGUCCGCCGACGGAAGCCGCGGGAGUAGGGAAGAGGGUCUGCGGGCAACAGCAGGGCUCCUGAAAGACCACCCCACUGUGCCGGACGUCUCCGUGCACGGAAGAGCGUUGAAGAACGAUGCCAUCUUCGGGUGCGGUGCCGUUGUGCUUCCACAUGCACAUUGCGCUUUCAGGGAUUGCGGGUGGCAGGGGUCCAGCGACGCGGAGCUCCGAGCGCAUGUGGUAAGUCUGCACCGUGAAGUCCUUCAGGAGGUCGCGGUGACGCUGGCGUGCCAUGGGGAAGACGAAGCCAAGCGAACUGAGACGCAGUGCUGGUCAGCGUACAACGAGGCCAUUGCCUGGAAAGUGCGCGCGUUUGUGAGGGAACAUAUGACGGUGGACGCGUACGUGGAGCGGCUCGGCGAAGUAGAUGCCACCGGGGAGGGGAGCAGCGGCGUGCAUCUCCGAGACCGAAUGGAGGUGUUCGACGAUUGGCACGUGUCCGUGCCAUCAGAAGAAGGGCCCGUGAGGGUGCUCUGUUGCCCCGAGGACAUGCGAUGCGGCAGCGGCGUGUGGCAUUCGGAGAACACCGCGUGCAGCUGUUGCGAAGCUCCGUUGUGCGGGGAGUGUGGGAACGCGAUGGCUGGCGCCCGCGGCGAAGCGGCGCUCCCUCCCGCGGCGCUGGCCAAUGACAUGAUGGCAUUCUACUCGCCGGAGGAACUUUUUGGCCGCAAGGUGACCGUGUUGGAAAUGAUAUGUGCGUCAGUGUGCAUCACGUCCAUGGUGUGUUUCACGCUGGAGAAGCGGCAUCGGAAGGAGCGAGCUUUCGAUAUGGAAACGGGCGGGAACGAAGUCCGCAUGGCGGCGCGCGGGAACGCGACGUCGUUCCCGAUGCCGUGGACGGACUUGCUAGCGCAGUUGACUGCAGCGGACGCGAGUGCUGCGGAGGGGCACGCGCCGCCACUGCCACGCACGGGGGCGGAGUUGGCAGGCGUCGCGUCUGUGAUAUUGAAGUCGGGCGGCGACGACGACACAGCUGCAAGCAUGGCCUCAUUUGUACACCAGGCUCUAGUGCGCAGGAAGGUGGUCGUGGAGCUUAUUGAAGGCGCGAAGGCUCGAGGGCAUCGCGCUUACCAGCACGUUGACAUGGAUGACGUUCGCAAGAGGGCGAUGGAGCUUCCGGAAAAAGGCGUGCCAGCGGAGAUCAUGCUCCUGGUACCCCUGGACGAUGCGCUCGACAAGGUCCAGAUGCAGAAGGCAGCGACGCCCGUGCCGCGGCCCCACGGAGUGAAGGAGGCGGCAGAGAUUUUGGAGAGCACGAAGACGAACGCUGUGGUGUGUGAGAAGAGCAGCUUUGACGAGGGAGACAUCAAUGCGCAACGGAUCGAAGCUGUGCGCGCCUUCGUGCAACGGCUGGAUGAGGAUUGCGUGCACGGCGAGGCCGACGAGACGUCAAGUUCCAGCGCGGAGGAGGGUGACGACGGGCAGACGGAACGUGCGUGCAAGCGCGCCUGCGUGCGCGAGGAAGCGGCCUCUGGCGCGGAGGAGGCGCCGCGAGAGAUAAUGAAGCGAGGCAUGCUUGCGCAGGCCACGAGCGAGGGGAAACGCGUGGAUCGCCUCCGCGUGCGCACGGGAAACGUGAUGAUGGACCAGUUCGAGCCCUGGUACUUCGGCGUCGCGUUCGCGUUUCUGUUCAAGUACUGCACAGGCAUGCCAGAUUGCCCGGAGUUCAUGAAGCGUCCACGUCAGCGACGAGGGAGUGGUGCGCCGCGGGUGGAGCUGCCGCUGUGGGUGCGGAUAAUGAGUCGCCGCGUUGAGAGCCAGCUGUGCCGUGAUUGGCAUUUCGGGUUCGUGUCGUGGAACCUCGUAUUUCGCUCGGCAGUGAAUCUGAGCAAGACGUGGUUCACGUACGUGGCACCGAGCACCACCGGCGAGGUGGAACAGCUGACACCGGAGGAGAUCGGCGAAGGAGCGAAGCAGAUUUAUCGCGCGCUCGACGGGAAGUACGUGGACAUCAACAAUCGGAAGCAGAAGGUAAAGGGUGACAUGACGAAAGUGCGGCACGUGCCAAGUUCGGGGAGAGCUGCCCACAAGCUCCUCAAUCACAUUGAGCACACGUCGCGGCGAUUGCCUGGCACGCAGGAAGCUCGUCGUGUUCUGCGGUUUGAGACGAACGCUCUGCGGGUCCGGUAUGGCGUGCCAAUAUUUGUAACUUUCUCGCCCGACGAAGGACACAACCUGCUCAUGGUCCGCCUGUCGCGCACGCGACGACAGGACCCCAUCCACAGAGCAGCCGAGGAUGAAGCGCAGUCGCGGCUGGCGGGGGCGCUCCGCGAGCGACCAGAUCUGCCUCAGCAGAAAAUGGCGUGGCUCCAGCGCCACGACAAGGAGAGCGGAGACUUGUACGGGUUCUUGCCAAUCGCGGAAGGCAUGCCUGUCGCUCUGACCGAUCACAUCGAUCGAAGCGACGAGAAGAACCUCCUGCGCGGUCGCGUCGGGCGCGUGCAGUCUUGGAUUUGCGACGGGGACGGGGGGCACGAUCAGGUCGCGCGCGGCGGAGAGACCAUUGCGAAGAAAACACCGAAAGUGAUUUUCGUGUUGUUCGACGAAGGCGACGACGGGAAGGGCGGUCGGAAGCCGUGCAAGUGGACGAUCGAGGGGUUAAGGACGCCCGGAUUGCAUCCGGUGGUUCCGCAAAAGAAGGAUUGGUUCGUGGACAAAGGUCGUGCGCAACCGCGGCUGAAGGUAAAAAGACGGCAGUUCCCGCUAGCCCCGGCCUUCGGGGUGACGGCCCACGCGGCGCAGGGGCAAACAUUCAAGCAAGGUGUCAUCGUGGACCUGAGUAUCGGCGGGGGCACAUCGCCUCUGUCGAGCUACGUGGCGCUGACGCGGGUGCAGCGCCGUGAGGACAUGCUCAUCUUUCGUCCUUUCGACAUCGCGCCGUAUCAGAAGAAGGACGAACGGAGAGGCCCGGACUUGCUGCUGCGCACCUUGCGCGGGGAAGAAUUGGACUGGGCGGCCAUAGAGAAGGAGUUCAUGCCGUCCGGCAGGUGCGCGGUCUGCGGGUGCAUGAAGUACAAGAACAUGUACCCGACGGUGGGGCAGUGGAGCCGCGCAGACGGGCUUCGCGUGUGCAGCGUGCGCCUGGAAGACAAGAAGAGGGCGGGCACGCCGUGGCAAUGCAUGGAGUGUGCUCUCUGGAAGUGCCAGGAGGCUUUCCACGUCUCACAGCACCACCCGUCCAAGUUGACGACGCGGCGUUGCCUGGACUGCCCCGAGAGGCGGAACUGCCGCGUGUGCGAUGCUCGCAAGUACGAAGAGGGGUUCGCGCCGUAUCAGUGGGGCCUGGCAGGGAACAGCCGGUGCAAAGGGGGGAUGUGCUUAGAGUGCGAGGAGCUGAAGACGCACCUGAAGUGUUCGCGCUGCGGCCAGCUGAAGUUACGGGUUGAAUAUGCCAAAACGGAACAAGUUAUCGACGAACCCACAUGCAAGGCUUGUAAGAAGUUGCAGAGAGAGCAGGAGAAGGCCCGCCCUGCAGAGGCAAAGCGGGUGGUAUGCUCACAAUGUGGGGAGUCGAAGAGUAAGGCAGAGUUUUCCGCUCACACGUUGUGCAACGUGUCCAAAGCGUCGAUUGCGUGUACCCAGUGCGUAGACGCUGCGGCUGCACAACGGGACACUGCGGCGAGGAAGGACGGGAAGGACUGCGUUGUGUGCGAGGUGGUGCAGCGGCGUGAAUGCUUUUCGAAGUGGAUGUGGGGCGGCGUGGCCGAUCGAGACCGCAAGUGCAAGCGCUGCGUCGCUGGCGCGAAGCUCCCGCGCGGAUGGUGGAGCGGCCCAGAGCCCGCCGCCGCCAUGGACACGGUCGUGGUCUCGGAGGGCAGCCUGGGCGCCGCCGACAGGGCGGCGGCGGCGGAGCUGCUGCUGGCCGAGCGGCGGGGCUGGCUGAAGUACGGUGCCCACCCUGGCCGCGACAAGCUGGACAAGAGCUGCACGGACGCGAUCCUGGCGCAUCACGAGCUCGCGCGGGACAUCCCCGAGCUCAAGGAUCAGGAGGACAACGUGAUCACGGAGUGGGCCGAGCUGCAGGGCAAAAUGAUCAGGAGUAUGUUCCGCCACUUGUACGACCCGAUCAGAAAGGAGCAGACCGGUGGCAAGACGCCGAGCUGGCUCGUGACGCUGCGGGCCAAACAGCAGGCGGCAGGCGCACCGCGGCGGGCAGCUGCGCCGACGCCCCCAGCUGCGUGCGCCGCCGACAGCACCACCACGACGCAGUACAAGGUGGAUUACGACGCCACCACGCGGGUCGCCUUCCGCAGGGCGAAAGGCACGGCGCCUGAGCCGACGGUGGACAUCUACGCGGAGGAGGACGCCAAGGGCCACCACUUCAUGUGGGCGAAGUGGCCCGAUGGCUACGUCAGCGAGCUCUCGACGCUCACGGUGAGCGCGUGGCGCGGCAUGCACGUGGCAGCAGGCGGCAAGAACUCCCUCAAGCUGCUGAGCGCGGAGGGGGCGGAUGGCACCACGUGCGUCGCCUCGCUGAAGCAGCUGGAUCGCGAUAACCCUGGAGUGGUGGUGAAGGUCGACGGGUCGCAGAAGGCGCAGCUCUCGUUCAAAGCCGUGCCCGAGGGCUAUGCGAGGAAGUACGCGGUGACGUGGGUGAAGCUCCUGGCGGCGAACAAGAUGAAGGUGGAGGACCUCAAGGCGAAGAAGGCGGAGGUCGAGAAGAUCCACUCGAGUGGAUCGGCGAAGAAGCGGCCUGCUGCCAGCGACGGCGGCGGCGGCGGCGGCGGUGGCUGCGCCAAGCGGCCUCCCGCGGCGCAGCCCGCUGACGACGUCGGCGGCGGGUGCAUCAGCAAGGCGGAGUCCGACCCUGGUGACGGCGAAGACGGCAGGGGCGAAGACGAUGGCGGCAAAGUCAGCCCCGGGCAGAGCGAGGUCGAGCAGAUCGGACCGCCCAUGCCGUUCGGCCUCUUCGACCAGAUGCGCAACUUCGGUGGCAGCACGUAG